GAAAGAGGAGUUGAUUGCUAUUGCUGAGUUGGCAAUUGGUGUUAAUUCCGUGGGUGGAUUUUGGAUUUAUGGCUGUGAGUAUAUAAUACUUGACGGGUCCCUUCAUUUCUUUCGAUGUCUGCUUUCAUAUUUAAAUCAAAUUGCAUUCUACUUUGCUCUGCUACUACAAAGAACAAAACUUCCCCUCUUCUGAAGAAUUGGUAUUCCAGCACACCACAUCUACUGCACAAUAAAACUCCAGCUCUUGCACGAAAUCCAGACACUUGAUCUGCUCAGUGAUUCUCCUUUGAUCAAACACAUAUCAAAAUUGAAAAUGGGCGAAUUAAUAGACCCUGAUGCGUAUACUACGCCUUUUUCUAUCACCAAAUCUGUUCAUCGUGAUCCUUAUUGGGCUAUUGAUUUUAAAAAUCCAGCGAACGAUCAAUCUGGGAAAAUUAUUAUCAUCACGGGAGCUAGUGCUGGUAUUGGAGCUGCAGCGGCAAAAGUCUGGGCCGAAGCACAUGCAUCCGGUAUAGUACUCGCAGCUCGUCGAGUCCCGCCCAUAGACUCCCUUAUCGAGAAACUCCAGCCUAUUAGUCCGAAGACCAAGUUUCUUAGCGUGAAAGUCGAUAUUGCGAAUGAAGAAGAUGUUAAGAAUCUUUAUGAGACCGUGCAGAAGGAAUUUGGUAGACCUGCUGAUGUUCUAUUGAAUAACGCUGGAUUUAUGGAAUAUGGCAUGAUUGGAGAGACGGAACCAAGUGUUUGGUGGAAGGGAUUUGAAAUUAAUCUCAAAGGUCUUUAUCAUAUGACCCACCACUUCAUCCGAUCCCAACCUUCUCCCAAAUCGCCAACUGGCACAAUUAUUACCCUCUCCUCCGGACGGGCUGGUCUCACAGUACCCGGUGGAUCCACAUACGAUAUCUCUAAGCUUGCCGAACAACGUUUAGUCGAACAUCUUCACCUCGAACAUCCUUCCCUCCGUGUCUUCACUGUGAUGCCAGGAAUCGUACCGACUGAUAUGGUGUCGGAUGGAUUCAAACCAUAUGCACUCGAUCAUGCUGAUUUGACCGGUAUGUUAGCAUUGUAUCUAGUGCAGGAGAGAGCAGACCAUUUAAGGGGAGGAAUGGUCGGAGUUAAUUGGGAUGUUGAGGAAAUGGAGGAGUAUAGCAAGGAGAUUACGGAGAAGAAGGCGUUACAGACUAGUUGGCUUUCUAUUUUGCCAUUGAAUGGUGGAAAGGGACUAGCUGGGUUGAGGGAUUAGCUCUAGGUAAUUAGUUAGAGUGACAAUUGCAGAAGUGGGAGUGUUAAGAAAUGAUUUGGUGGAAUGUUAAUUUUGAAUUUUGACUUCAAGAAUAAGGAGAUUAAGCGAAGUAGAUCCCCUCCACUUUAUGGGGGAGAAAAGGCCAUGGUUAAUAUUGGCGAGCGAUACAAUAGAUCAUUGCUCAAUGGUUUUAUCA